UUGUCAACAAAUAGGUAGGCCUAGGGUUAAGAGUAGCAUUUGUCUUACACUGUUUUGCGACAAGUACAACCCAAAUAACUACAAGAACCACUUUGCUGUGCGGGGUGUGGCUAAUCAUCGCAUCGACACCCAUUGUCCGUGUUAUCUAAUCAACAAAAAAGCGACAUCAUCUGUGCUUGGCUGAUUGUUUAGCAUUUUUGUUUUAGCAUGAGUAUCUGCUCAGUAUUGUACCUGCUCUCGGCAUGAACAGUUUUGGACCGGGCAACUGGCUGCACGUCGGCCUUCUAUCAUUGAUUGCCCUGUUUGCCGGCGUUGGUUGCGCUAACUAUCGGCUGGAAGGCAACGUAUUACCAACAUUCUACAACCUGACCAUAAGUCUGAGGGGCGAUGCCAAUAAUCCAGGCACAACAUUCGAUGGCGAGGUGCAAAUAACGCUGCACGCGGUGCAGACAGAUGUGCAGCAUAUCACGCUGCACAAGGAUGACAUUGAAAUAGCAGAUGGUGCCUGGCUAUAUAAUGAUACUGGUGAUCUAUUGGAGGAUAUUGCGCAGAGCUCGCUUACCUAUGACCAGCCAACACAGCAGCUGACUGUGCAUCUGGCGCAGACAUUGACCCUCAACAGGAACUACACGCUGCACUUUAAGUACAUUGGACAAGUGCAGAGCGGCAUGACGGGCCUGUAUUCCGCCAGCUAUGUGGAGCAGCAGACGGGCCAAACCAAGUGGAUGCUCCUAACGCAGCUGCAGCGCAUCAAUGCACGCCUGGUCUUCCCCUGCUUUGACGAGCCCGCCUUCAAGGCCAGGUUCCAGUUGCACAUUGGCCGGGCAGGCGGCGUGAAUGCGACCAGUAAUACGAAGCUAAUCGAAACAAUUGACGAGGGCAACAAUCGCUUUACGGAUCACUUUGACGUGACGCCCCCAAUGUCCACUUACCUAUUGGCAUUCAUGGUCUCCGAGUACCGGGCACGUGGCAAUAUCAGCGAAAUUGCAGUGAUAACUCGGCCAGAAGACUAUAACAAGACCGAGUUUAGUUACAAUGUGGCCAAAAGUGUACUGGAUGCCUACGGCGAUCUGUUCCAGCACUCCUAUAAGGAUUUGGGCAACCAAAUCCUGUUGCAUGCGACCACGCCGCGCUUUCCACACAAUGGCAUGGAGAACUGGGGUCUCAUUAUUUACAAAGAUACCGUGCUGGAGCAUGAGCCGUACUACACAGACGGCUGGAAUGACAAGGAGCAUACCAUACGGAUUCCGGCUCACGAGACAUCGCACAUGUGGUUCGGCAACAGCGUGACCUUUUCCUGGUGGAGUUACUUCUGGCUGAACGAGGCAUUUGCACGCUAUUACGAGUACUUCAUGGCGCAUCAGCUGCACCCAGAGUAUCAACUAGACGAGCAGUUUGUUGUACGCCAGCUUCAGUUGAUCUUUGCAACCGAUGCCAGGGCCAGCACCCAGCCGCUGACCAGCCCGGAGGCGAGCAUACAAACACCUUCCCAAAUCGGCUACAAAUUCAGCAGCAUUACCUACGCCAAGGGCGCCAGCAUAGUUCGCAUGUGGCGCAAUGCUAUGGGCGGUGCCAACUUUGAUACGGCCAUCCGUACAUACCUCGAGCAGCAUCACUUGGGUAACACAGAACCCAAAGAUUUGUUUACACAUCUCAAGACGAGCUGGCCAGCUGUCAAUAUAAGCUUAGAUCAGUUUUUUUAUGACUUCACCGAGCAGGUGGGCUUUCCAACGAUCAUGGUGAACAUUAGCUGGGAGCACAGCACGAUCACCUUGCGGCAACGUCGAUUCCUGCUGAAUCCAAGUGAUGGCAGCGAUGCUAAUUUACGCUACACGGUGCCCAUCACCUUUGCCACGAACUUGUCGCCCAACUUCCAGAAUCUAACACCCUACACGUACUUCGAUAAGUCUGUGGAUUUUGUGCAGUUGAGUUUGCCUGAGCCCAUUGACUGGAUUGUGUUCAAUCUAAAACAAUCUAACUAUUAUCGCGUAUACUAUGAGCCAUCGCUAUUGAAUCGCAUCCAAGUGGCUCUAACGAAGAGCAACCACAGUGAGAUCGCAGUCGAGAAUCGUGCGGCAAUCAUUAAUGACCUCUUCAACUUUGCAUACAUUGGAAUGCUUGAUUUCGCGGACAUUUUUAAGUUCCUGGAGUAUAUGAGUGGGGAAGUCGAUUAUGUGCCCUGGUAUGCGGCCUAUGAGGGCAUGGCACGCGUGGCCAAGCGCUUACCCACAGAGCAUCUGUCCAAUUUCGGCAAAUAUCUUGGCGAUAUCACAGCUUCGGUACAGAAAAGCCUCGGUGUCAGUUUAAGGGCUAACGACACGGUGUUGGAUGUCUACAAUCGCAACAAGCAGGUGGCCUGGCUCUGCAGAUAUCAGGACCAGAAUUGCAACAGCAAGGUGCGCGAAAAGUUUGAAAGCAGCUCCGAACAGUUAUCGCCAGACUAUCGAGAGACGUUCUACUGUGCAGCCUCCAGAUCGGGCAGCUAUGCACGCAUCUUGGAAUACUAUGCGAACGAAACCCAUCCCACCGAGCGAGAACUUCUUUGGCGCGCUGCCAGUUGUACAAGAGAUUAUCGAACGCACUACCAAAAGGAGAUCUUAGGUAACGCCAACAGCGUAUCCCUUAAGAUGGUUGGCCUGGCACAGCUGUACGAGCAGAAUCCCGACAUGAUAACACAGAUUUUCCUUACCGUAACUGAGAACAUCACACAGUUGGCUACGGCCUUGGACAGCUGGCCGAAGACUGCCGAGGCGCUGGCCAGUAUGUCGGACUACUUUACCACACGGACGCAGCAGCAGCUCUUCUCCACUUUCAUUGAUGAAAACCAAAACCUUUUUGGCAGCUCGGCGGAAACACUUACCGAAGCACUGUCCAACGUGGACAAGCAUGUGAGUUGGACAGUGGAGAACUUGGGCAAGCUGAUCGCCUUUUUGGGCCAGAGAAACAGCGCUGCUGGACUGACCUUGGUGUCGGCCUUGCUGGUGAUGACCCCACUUUUGACUUUCCUGCUUGGAUAGGAAUGAAAAUAAAUCAUUUUUAUGUUCUAUACCAAA